AUGAGCAUCUCCGUCGACGACCUCAUCGCUUCCCUCAACUCCAACCACAUCGGCCAGGAGGCCAUGGACAUCGCUAACCUACAUGCGCAGCUUGCACAGGCUUUGCUGUCCCAACCCCCUGCGAGUGCACAUCCCGCAUUGCGUCGAGGCCACAAUACGCCUCUUGCUCGUACACCGUCUUCGAAUUUCGUCUGGGAGACCGUUGAGUUCUCUCGGAGUCGAAGUUCCAGUGUGGCGGGUGCCACUCAAAAGAGGGUAGCGGAUGAAAGGAUUUCCGACCUUGACGAAAUGGACGAAGAUGAGCGAAUGGUCGAGGAACUUCUCUUCCCUUCGGCCUCUCAUUUUCAGGACCAAUACCCGCCAUCGUCAUCUCCAACGCGCGGUUAUUCAUGUGUGGUUUCCCGAAGGUCCAGCAUACAGCACCUCUCUCCUUCAUACGAGUACCCUCCAUCCGAAUUGACACCAUCGAACACGUCCUUGUUUGCCUCCACUGACCCGUUCUAUGCGGCCCAAGUGCAAGCGGCCCAGAAUCCCCCGACUUCAUUCUUUGCCCAGGCUGGCCACCCAUCGGCGCAUUCACCGUUCCUCCUCGCGCAGCAGCUCCAGUCCGCGUACGGCCAUACUUACAGCCACCCCGAAGUUGACCCGCACCAUAUGUUCUCGCCCUCUCCCGCCGCAUUCACUUGCUGA